AUGACACAAGACUACGACAAUAAAAGACCCGUGUUGGUUCUUCAGAAUGACUCUCUCUACUCUCAGAGACGUCCUUACACCAGUGAAGAUGAGGCCUGGAAAACCUUUCUUGAAAAUCCCCUUACAGCAGCUACCAAAGCUAUGAUGAGCAUCAAUGGUGAUGAAGACAGCGCAGCUGCCCUGGGACUGCUGUAUGAUUACUACAAGGUUCCAAGGGAGAGGAGAUCUUCGACAGCUAAACCAGAGGUCGAACAUCCUGACCAAGAUCAUAGCAAAAGGAACAGCAUCCCAAAUGUGACAGAACAGUCACUCAUUUCUGCUGGAGAAAACAGAGUCCAGGUUCUGAAAAAUGUGCCUUUCAAUAUUGUCCUUCCACACACGCCCCAGAUGGGCAUGGAUAAGAGAGGCCACCUUACAACCCCGGACACGACGGUCACUGUUUCAAUUGCCACGAUGCCCACCCAUUCCAUCAAGACGGAGACACAGCCCCAUGGCUUUGCAGUGGGCAUCCCACCAAGUGUCUACCAUCCUGAGCCCCCUGAGCGGGUGGUGGUCUUUGACAGGAACCUCAACCCCGACCAGUUCAGUUCCAACACCCAGCCUCAAAACUCCCAGAGGCGAACGCCAGACUCCACCUUCUCAGAGACUUUCAAGGAGGGCGUGCAAGAGGUGUUCUUUCCUACUGAACUGAAUCUCCGGAUGGCCAACAUGAAUUCAGAAGAUUAUGUUUUUGACAGCAUUUCUGGGAAUAACUUUGAAUACACUCUGGAAGCCUCCAAGUCCCUCCGACAGAAGCCUGGGGACAGCACGAUGACUUACCUGAAUAAAGGUCAAUUUUACCCCAUCACACUGAAAGAAGUCAGCAGCAGUGAAGGAAUCCAUCACCCCAUCAGUAAAGUCCGAAGUGUCAUCAUGGUCGUGUUUGCUGAAGACAAAACGAGGGAAGAUCAGCUCCGGCACUGGAAGUACUGGCACUCAAGACAGCACACAGCCAAACAAAGAUGCAUUGACAUAGCUGACUACAAGGAGAGCUUCAACACCAUCAGUAACAUUGAGGAGAUCGCGUACAAUGCCAUAUCCUUCACUUGGGACAUCAAUGAGGAAGCCAAGGUUUUCAUUUCUGUGAACUGCCUCAGCACAGAUUUCUCUUCUCAGAAGGGAGUUAAAGGCCUGCCCCUGAAUCUUCAGAUCGACACCUAUAGCUACAACAACAGGAGUAACAAACCUGUCCAUAGAGCCUACUGCCAGAUUAAAGUCUUCUGUGACAAGGGAGCAGAGAGGAAGAUCAGGGAUGAAGAGCGAAAGCAAAGCAAAAGAAAAGGCAAGUGCACUGACCCCAGCUCUCAGUUGAAUGCCUUUUCUGAUGUCAAAGUGCCCAUGCUUCCCUCGCACAAACGUACGGACAUCACCAUCUUCAAGCCCUUCAUGGAUCUGGACACUCAGCCUGUCCUUUUCAUUCCUGAUGUUCACUUUGCAAAUCUUCAGCGUGGGGCUCAUGUCCUUCCUGUUGCUUCAGAAGAACUGGAGGGUGAAAGCUCCAACCUGAAGAGAGGAGCCUAUAUUGAAGAGGACUUUAUCGCUGCUCCAAAUAAGAUGGCCAGAAUAGAAGAACCCAAAAGAGUGUUGCUGUAUGUCCGAAAAGAGUCGGAGGAAGUCUUUGAUGCACUGAUGUUAAAGACACCAUCUCUGAAAGGUCUAAUGGAAGCGAUAUCUGACAAGUAUGACGUGCCUUUUGAUAAAAUAGGAAAAAUCUUCAAAAAAUGUAAGAAAGGAAUUCUGGUCAACAUGGACGAUAACAUCGUGAAACACUAUUCUAAUGAAGAUACCUUCCAGUUGCAGAUUGAAGAAGUUGGAGGAUCUUACAAGCUCACUCUGACCGAGAUCUAAGAUCACAGAUCCUCUGUGGAUUUUAAACAAAGGUCUCAAGUGAACAUUUUCCCAUAAUUUAGUAUGUUGGGCAAAACACUAAUCACCUUCUCCAGAAGAAAGCCAGGUGUUGACUUGUUCUGGGGAGCAGAGCAGCGGUUUUGCUUAAUAUAUUUGUGUUUGUUCUUUCCAAAGAACAUUGUCGUGCUCAUGACCUUAUUUGCACUUGAAAUGAGCGAGCAAAGAUCAGCAAUUAAAUAAGAGAGCAUGUAUAAAACACUAGUAAAUACAGGAGGGGAAAUCUCCUGGAAGGUGGCCUUUUAGAGUGGUGAUAUCUUAUUUAUCCAUUUGGUAGCCAUGUUUGAGCCCGUUAUCAGCUAAGACCAUUUUAUUGGAGUGUUUUCUGCUAGGUAGAACUGCAAAACUACUAAUUGAUACUAGUAGGAAUUGCAUGCAGGUUGGAGAAAAGUCUUUCUAAUGUUUACUCGUGAACAGGGCAGACUGUUGAAAUCACUUGUGUCAUUGGGGGGAAUGUAAAACUGCCUUGCUUAUGAAGAACUCGCCUUAGUAACUGUGUGAACUCUCAUCAGAUGAAGCUAUAUUGUAUAUAAGUGCAAUAUAUUUUUGAAGGUCUGUAAAUGUGUACAUACAACUGAUAUAUAAUAUAUAUAAAAUAUGGUGUUCUGUAUAUACCGUGAAUAUAUGCAAUGAAGCCCAUCUAAAGGAUGCCAUAUACAGAGAAAACAGAUAUUUAACAUAUCUAUUUAAAAAUGGACAAACCUUUAACACGCACCAAAGGUGAGCACACGUUUGUACGUUCAUAGAAGGCACAAGAGACCUGCUUGUUCAACAUGGAUCUCCCUGUGUGGAAGGAAAAGGUACUGGUUCUUUCCCAAACCCUCCUGCGCAGCCAGGCAAUGGCAGUCCUGGCUUCUCAUGGGACCUUUAGCCUUGGAACCACUGUGUACUGCUGCCCUGGGAGGUCAUUUGGGCUGAGUUCGAGAGCUGGGUUCCAAGAAGAGCUGAGCAGAUGCAGUUUCCUGGAAAUCUCACAUCUCGGGGUCAGGAAGAAGGUCUCCUGGAGGGUGGAUGCUUUUUUCUGUAGCAGUGUAGUGCCCGCAACAGCAGCUCGAGCUGGAUGAACCCAUGGCUUGGAGCCAGCUUGCAAGGUCUAGGAUGUCGACAGCUGGAAGUUCACAGGCAAGGCUUUUGACAGAGGAGGGUGGCAUCCCAGCGCAGCAGGCCAAGUCUUAGCAGGGAAUGGGGGCUUGUAACUGCUUCCUCUGAUGUACCUGCAUUGCAUUGACCCGUUGUUGAGGUGGAGAAAUCAAAAGGGCAGGUGGUAGCAGGCACUCUGAGCAUAGCCCCAGAUACUGCUCACCAUUAGAGCGUACAGUAUUUACUCAUCAUGUGCAUGUGCUUAUGAAGAAAGGCACCCUCUGGAUAGCAGCAAGUGAGAGAGAAACAUUUAAACAGCAGCACUUGGCUGCAAGGCAGAAACCUGCAUUACAGGGCAAGCAGAUGAGCAUGAGUACCAGGUUCAGUGUCAAUGCUUUUGUUAGGGAUCUGGAUAAUAAGAGAGGUUUAUAACGUCUUCAGGCAGCACAAAGCUGCGUGUGCCUCACCUAGGAUGUGAAGGUCAAUCUGGAUAGGCUGGAUAAAUAGUCUGAAAAGUGGGAUAUGAUUCUACUUCAUGGUUAAUGAUUCUACUUAAUAGUUAACAUAUCGUAAGUGAAUGUUGUUCAGCUGCAUCAUGUUGCUGUUUGGAAGAGGGAGGCAAAUGCCAGGUUGAGUUGAUAAAUGGGAGCAUGGCCUGCAAGAAAUGGGAGAGCCGCCUUUUGCUCUACCUGGUGUUGCUGAGGCCUCUGCUGGAGCGCUGUGCCCUUCCAGCAGAGCCACCUCCUGUCCGGUGUCCCAGCGAGGCCAGAGCACGGGCUUCCAAGGAGGAGGGGCUGGGUGAGGUGCCGGGAGAGGAGUCAUCUCCAGAAGGGAGGAUGCAGGUGAGAGGAGCAGCCUCCCAGCACGUGGAAGUGUUCUCCCGGUCCAUCACAAGCGCAAUGAGAAGUAUUGGGUGUAAACUGCAGAGGUUCAGGGUAGGUGUAGAAGUGGUUUUCUCUGGUGAGCAGUGCAGGUUGCGCAGGGAGGCAUCAGGGGUCUUCACAGCCAGGCUGGGCAAAGCUGUCUGCACUGUCACAGUGUAAUUGAUCCUCCCUUGGUGCUGUGACCAGGUGCCCACUUGAAGUCCCUCCCCACCGUAUUUUUUUAACGAUUUAUAUGGAAUACAGUAUUUUGGGAUUUGUGUUCAGACCACUCCUGAGCUGGUUCAUAGACCACUCCAUUCCCCCCUCCUCCUCCGCUGACGGGCCCCACAGAGGCAUGCCAACGCUCUGGGCACCGUGUGCUCCCUUCUUUGCUCUGUGGCGGGAGUUAAGCAGACUCCACAUGGAUGCAUCCACGACUGUGGGCUUGAAGGUGAAGCAGAGAAGCCAGCGUGCAGCACGGCGCUGAAGAGACUGGCCAACAGAUGCCACUCCGUACAGGAAUCCACCAGCAGAGCAGCCACAGGACUUGCACCCAGCCAACACCAACCCCACUGCUUGGGCUCCCCGUCAUCAGCCACGGGAACACUGUUACUACGGCAAGGGAAUUUUUUUAAAACCUGAUAUAUAGAAUACUUAUAUAUAUUUACACAUUUUUAUUGAAAAUGGAAGUUUUAUUACAGAAACUCAGUCUAGGGUCAGGGAAGUAGAUUUAGAGUCUCUAUAGAGGUAAGAUUGACAUGAAUGUUAUUUCUUUUUACUGCUUAAUGAAGUAUGUGAACUAAAUCUGACGAUUGUUUUCCACUCUAAGAUAUUCUGGGACACGGGUCUUGUAACAGUAGCAGCAAUGUCAUGUAUGUGUUAUGAAACUGAUUUUUUUUUUUUUGUUUGUUUUGCCUGCUGUUUUUUAAUUGAAAAUGUAUUUUAAACCAAGCUAUUAAAUUUUAUAUGUUCAUUUCUAA